CGGAUGCUUGGUUGUCAUGAGGUGUAGUAGAUACGCAGUACGUGCGCGUGUGUGGGACAACGUGUCUGGUUUCGCGUACACAAUCGGUAACCGUUCAUGGCGCGUACUUGUUGGUAACGCGUUCACUUGAUCGACCGUACUCGGGUGACGAGUCAUCAGCUGUAAUUGAUAACUAUGCACCUACUAAAUAUUCAAAAUUGGGCAUGGUUAGUGUGAAACGAAAGUGAAUUUUCUAGUGCUGCUACUGAAUCGAGUGAUUGAAGGCGCUGUAUUGCGGGCAAGUGUGUGCCUGUUUUUAUGAUGUUUGCUUGUGGAAAGUGUACGACGUUUGUUGUUUCUGGGUUUGUUUGGAAAACAGAUUAGGCAGCCCGGAUGGAAGUGGAAUUAGGUUCAAGUGAGUUGAAAUUGUUCAUUGUUCGGCGUGAUCGUUUUUCCAUACUGUGCUGUGUUAGAUCGGAGCAUAUGUGCGGUUGACACUUUAACAAACGUUUGACUUGAGUGGCUUGAUUGUAUGUCUAUCGGAGUUCAGUUAGAGUUGUUUGCUGAGGUGUUCGAGGUUUCUGUGUUUGGAGUGUACCUGAGAAAUACCAUAAACGGCAGUGAUACGAUUGUUCUAGACGUAAACAGCAAAUAACUGGCCAACACCGAACGAGUCAUUCGUAAUUCCGUGAUGCUGGGAAAUUAAACUUCUUCUAACAACAAUUGGCUCUCGGUGACGCUAUGUAACUUGGGCGUCGGUGCCACCUUCGGCGAAUCGAUCCUGCACGACCUGCCCCGAGACAGUACGGUGGUAACCAAGACGACCUGCGAGCUGCUGCGAGUGGAGCAGGAAGAUUUCAGACUGAUUUUCGAGAAAAAUAAGGAAUUAAUGAACGACAUAAUUUCCAACUGCAAAUUGAAAAAUGGUUUCGGACAGAGCAUGCAGACCACCAGCACCGUUCAGUCCGGCAUCCAUCAGCAGGCAUCACCAACCAAAAAACAACUAAGUCCCGAUCAUCCGAACCCGGCCUCACCAAUCACCGAGGCACCAAGUCCUGCCAUGGCUCGGAUGGGAUGGGCUCUGCGAACACUGCUAGUGUCGGACAAUACCAGCUGCCUGAAAGAUCGAAAGGUCGGCGGAAAAUUUAUUCGCAAAUGUGGCCCCGGUACCGAACUGGUGGACUGGCUGCUGAAUCUAUCGCCGAUUGUGCACACCCGGACGCAGGCGGCCGGCAUGUGGCAGGCAUUGGUAGAGGAAGGUGUCCUUAGUCAUGUCGCAAAGGAGCAGCCAUUCAAAGACAAGUGCUUUCUGUACCGGUUCAAAAUGGACGAAGACGGGACGGCAGGUGGGACGCCCAGUUCCGACGAUGUCAACCAGGCGAACGAUCACAUCAGAGAAGCACUACCUGCCCUGCUACACCGUGGUCCGGAUGCGACACUCCGGAUGAUCCUGCGGAAGCCAUCCCACGAGCGAACCCACGAAGAACUGGAACUGGUAUACGAGGAGUUGCUGCACAUCGCCGCUCUGUCCCAUCUGUCGACGUCCAUCAAGCGGGAGCUGGCUUCGAUCAUCGUAUUCGAAGCGCACGCACAUGCCGGAACUGUGUUAUUCAACCAAGGUGACGAAGGACGCUCCUGGUACAUCCUGCUCAAAGGUUCAGUGGAUGUCGUUAUACACGGUAAAGGAACGGUAGCGACGCUCAAGGAAGGAGACGAUUUCGGCAAAUUGGCACUUAUCAACGAUGCUCCCAGGGCGGCGACAAUCGUGCUCAAAGAGAACAACUGCCUGAUGCUGCGUGUGGAUAAGGAACACUUCAACCGUAUCCUGCGGGACGUCGAGGCCAACACACUGCGGUUGCAGGAGCACGGCAAGGACGUACUAAUCUUGGAACGGGUCGCGAAACAGCGAGGACACUCGGCAGCUUUCAAAUACACUGUGAUGUCCGGCACACCGCAAAAAAUGCUGGAACACCUGCUGGAGACAAGACUGGGCGGUCAGGUGGGACCAAACGAUCCGUUUUUGGACGACUUUCUCCUGACCCACAUCGUGUUCAUGCCGACGCCGAUCCUGAUCGACGAGCUGGCCAGCCACUAUCAUGCCGAUGCCGAGGUUGACCUGCGAACGUCCAGCGAGGAAGACCGAGAGUACUUUAUGACCUGCAAACGGCGUGUGGUUCAGUUCAUCCAGCGCUGGGUGCUAGCGGUGCGGCAUGCCGUCUUCGAGGACCCCCUGGCAGUGGAAUUCAUUGAGGAAAUUGCUACUGAUGUCGAGUCGGAAGGUUUGCUCCAGGAGGAAGCUAGUAUCAUUCAUCACGUGCUAACGCAAUUAUCCCGAUAUCAAGAGGAUCGACAGAUGAAUGCCAGCCAGAAGUGGAAACUACCGCCCAACGGACAACCCAUUUGCCUAUUCAGUGGAAACACACACUCAAAGACUGUCAUAAGACCGGAUGACGACAUAAUCUUCCGCGUCUACUGUGCGGAUCACACGUAUUGCACCCUGCGCUUCCCGAUGGCCACCUCGGCCGAAAUCAUUAAGGCGUGCGCAGCGGACAAACUGAAGCUACCCCGCAUCCCGGACGAUCUGCUGCUGGUGGAAGUCAAGAGCAACGGGGAACGGUCCGUGUACAAGGACACCGACGUCAGCAUACCGACGGCACUGAGCCUGAACGGGCGAAUAUUCGUUUCACCAAAGGACCACCUGGACGCACUGACUCCCCUACCGGAGCAGGAGCUUCCGACCGAGGCGCUCGAUAUGGACUUCGAGGCGCUGCCGACCAAGGACGUUGCCUACCACAUGACGCUGUUCGACUGGGAUCUGUUUUGGGCUGUGCAUGAGUACGAGCUGUUGUACCAUACCUUCGGUAGACAUCAUUUUAAUAAGAUAACGUCAAAUUUAGAUGUAUUUAUAAGGCGCUUCAACGAAAUCCAGUACUGGGUAGUGACGGAGACCGUAUCAACGUCCAACCUGACGAAACGGAUGUCCCUGGUAAAGAAGUUCAUCAAACUGGCUGCUUUCUGCAAGGACUACCAGAACCUGAACGCAUUUUUCGCAAUCGUGAUGGGUCUGUCAAAUAUGGCUGUGUCUAGACUAACGUUAACAUGGGACAAGCUCCCGUCAAAGUUCCGAAAGCUGUUCACCGAGUACGAAGCGCUGAUCGAUCCCAGCCGGAAUCAUAGAGCCUAUCGAAUGUCGGUCGGCAAGCUGCAACCACCCGUCAUCCCGUUCAUGCCCCUGCUCCUGAAGGAUAUGACGUUCGCCCACGAAGGAAACAAAACCAGCCUCGACGGGUUGGUGAAUUUCGAAAAGAUGCACAUGAUGGCACAAACGAUGCGAACGGUGCGGUACUGUCGAUCCAGACACUUGGUAUUGGAUCCUCCCUCGCCGAAGAACGAGAACGAAAUUCGCCAGUAUAUAAGCUGCUUCCGGACCAUCGACAACCAGCGGGUGCUGAACGCCAUGUCCCAGAAGGUGGAACCCAGGCGGUCGUAAGGGGCAGGAAAUUGGUACGGGACGCGGGCAACCGGAAGGACGAAGUGAUCAAGACCGGGCUAAUAAUGGUUUGAUUUUUACGGCAUAAUAUAAUAUGUAUCCACACCCCCAAACCAACACAGCAAAACCGAAUGUCGUAGCACCUAUACUUCUAUCUUUUUCGAAUAUGGAUUAGAAUUGUAGCUCCCUUUUUUGGGGGCAUUUGGAUCAACCUUGCGCUAUUGCUGCGAUUAGCUAGGUAGUGAUUUAUAUACUUUCUGGUAAAGUGAGUAUGUGUUGUGUUAUUAUGUAGAACAACUAUGAAGAAUAGUUAAUAACAGGGCGGCAAGUUUAUUUUAAAACGGUGCAAUUAUUUUGUACAUGAUAUGUUAAUUUUUUCAUCUAGUUCAUGUCUAUCUCAUAAAAAAACCCUACCUAUUAAGGAUUUUAACUGUAGCAUUUAAGAGUUCUGUUCUGUACUUACUAUUCAGAUUUAGUAUUGUUUGUUAAUUAUGUUUGAGUUUUCCUCUUAAUGUUUAUCAGUAAUAUUUAUUAAUACUAUUAUUUUCACUUUAAUUGAAUAAACUAAGUUUGGUUUUUUACUAUUUAUUUUGUUUUGGGUUACCAGAUAUCGCAACAAGCAAAGGCCGGAUUUUUCGGUAUUAGUUUAUUGGUCGAUUUUAGGAUCCUUGCUUUGGAGUGAUUACCGAGCGUUUGUCCUACACAUUUGACCCAUCUAGUAAAAAUUUUCUUACAUUCAUUGUCUCUAGACAUCCGGGGCAAGAUGAAUACCCAAACGGGGCCUUUUUGGAAGAACAUUCACAGACAAAAUAUCCAAAGGGGGCAGGCAUUGCGUAGUUGGUAAAUCGAUUGCCUUGUACACAGCUAACCUGGGUUUGAUUCCCAACCCCGCACAUAGAGUUAAAGAUUUUUCUAAAAAAGGGAUUUUUCUAACCCGAAAAGAGGUGAAAUCUUUUGAAUUUCAUAUGCUUGAAAAUGUCUGACACCUUUCCCUUUCCGGCUGCUGUGUGGAAUAAUGACGCUGAAUCCCUCUGGAUAAAGACGCGUCAUCUCUAUAUUUACCUAUCUUAUGAAUUAUUUGUCAAUGUCAUUCCAAUCGAGGACGAGACAUGUCAACGGCCCUCGUUCCAGAAGAAUUCGAAGCGAUUUUCUUCGGAUUGAGUGCCUUUGACAGGUCUCGUGCUCGAUUGGAAUGAUACUGACAAAUAAUUCAUAAGAUCAAGAUAGAGAUGGUGAGUCUUUAUCCAGAGGGAUUCAGUGUCUGUAGUGUAGAACUCCUGCCUAGGGAGUUGUGCAUAGUCUACCUCGAGUAGGUUACGUCGUCCAAUACCACGCACUCGGAUUUCGUUGGCAUCAUCCAAGAGGUUGACAUGACGAAAUUUUUUCUAAAUGCAAAUGAGGAGCGCUUUAGUUUGCUUCAAAUCAGAGAAAGUGUGCAUUGGUUUCUUUUAUUUACUGUUAUUAGAGUGGCUCGAAAAUGACAUUUUUCAGCACAGCACUUUUUGAGUUCCUUUUGUGGUCCCAAAUGCCUGUGAAAAGUUUGGGAGCGGUCGGUUGCUUCCCGGGUUUGCGCAUUGCGUUUAAAGUUUGUAUGGGAUUUUAUAUGGGGAAAUCAAUUAUUUUGCAUUUACGUUAGUAAAGAUCGCUAUUUCACUCAAUAUGAAAAACCAGGUUUAUAAAACGAUAAUUCAAACCUUGGUUAACAACUUUGUCGAAACCGGUAACUAGCUACGAGAUUUCAAAAAAUAGUUAUAACGAUUUUAAAACUUAUGGUUCAAUCCAAAUGCAGAAAUUAAUUAUUUCUUCCAACACUGUCAGUACACCACGACACCGAUACUUUAAAGUUGAACAAAUGAGAAUAUAUUCAUCGCAGAGACUUGGUACCUUUGAAUGAAUUGUUCAGAAUGAAUUGCUGAAUAACACAGACGUAGUCAGAAAAUGAAAAGAAGAGUAAGGGGGAGGUUUGUGUACUCCCCAGUUCCCUUUUUAGAUAGUUUAGUAUAACAUAAGGAGCACAUCUUCAACGCAGGUUUGUACCGUCGAAUUAAAAAUUAAUCUUACGUGUUUGAGUGCUACUAUUUAAGGGCUCUACUGUUAUGUCAUUUAAAAUGGUACAACGGUUUAUAAGUUUUACAUAUUUUAAAACCCUAUUUCUUAGCCGUCAGAAUUUUAAAAAAAAUGCAUAUCCUUAGAUUCCUUGAAGUCUUGGAAUUGUUUUUUUUUGAAGUUUUCGUUUGAGAAUCUAGGAACGAAACCAGGAUAGUUACUUCAAACAAGCGUUUUUUUAUGAAAUUGAGUUAAUUUCACGCAAAACAGAGGUGAUCUUGGUGGACCAGCAAUAUACUUAAGGUUAGAACCCAACGCGAUUUCCAGACCUGAGUUAGUUUUUGCAUCAAGCAAAAAUAACAUAAAUUUGUAGGUGUAAAUCCUAAAUAUUGUAAAUGUUUUUUCCCACAACAAAGAUUGUAGUAUGAUUCAUAUUUGGGUCUCUCAAAAUAUUAAGAAAGUUCAGUCGUUGACUUUUACAAGGACGUAAUGAUUCUUUGUCUUAUACAAAACAAUCUAAAAAGGGACCUGGGGAGUACACAAGACCCCCCCACCCCCGCUUCUUUUCAUUUUCUGACUACGUCUAUUUUAUUCAGCAAUUCAUUCUGAAUAUUUCAUUCAAAGAUACCAAGUCUCUGCGAUGAAUAUAUUCUCAUUUAUCUAAGUUUUUAAUGUCGAUGUCGGUGGUGCACCGGCAGUGUUGGAAAAACUAAUCAAUUUCUGCAUUUGGAUUUUACCAUAAGUUUUAAAAUCGUUAUAACUAUUUUUUGAAAACUCGUAGCUAGUUACGGUCUUCGACAAAGUUGUUAACCAAGGUUUGAACUAUAGUUUUAUGUAGCUGGUUUUUCAUUAUCAGUGAAAUAGGGAUCUUUAUUAAUUUAAAUGCAAAAUAAUUGAUUUCCCCAUAUAAAAUCCCAUGCAAACUUUGAACGCAAUGCGCAAACCCGGGAAGCAACCAACCGCUACCAAAUUUUGCACAGGCAUUUUAGACCACAAAAGGAACUCAAAAAGUGCUGUGCCCGCUAGUUUAAAUCAUUUUGAAGUUUUCCCAUACAACCGCGAGCCACUCUAGUAGUUAUCCUCUACACGAAAAAAAAUGUUCCCAAAAUCGUGAAUAAAGUGCCAUGAAUUCACGUUUUUACGUUACGCCAAUCACGUUUUUACGUUACGAAAACCAGACCAUGAAAAAAAUCAUGGCUUUUAUAAUUAUGUUCAAUUUCUCUUCAGUAACGCCCGCGUAACGGAGUGGAAAUAUUUGUUUUUGUUUUGUGAACUCCAGUCACGGAUUCCGUCAAAUUAUUUCUAAUUCGAUUCUCAGUAAGCGAACUAGUUCACAACUUUAUGAACAUUAUUCAUAAAUCCGAAAAUUGAAUCAUGAUUUUGUUCAUAGAUAUAGGAACAUUAGUUCACAAAAUCAAAAUUUUGUGGCUAUAUUUUCGUGAACUAUUUCAUGAAAUUCGGAAUUUUAUUCAUGAAAAGUCACCAUCCAAUAUCCGUGCUCGUGAAAUAGUUCACGAAAUCAUGAAAUAUUAUUCAUGUAUUCGUGAACCGGUUCAUGAUUCCUAACAAUAUUAGCUACGAUCCAAUAUCCGUGCUCGUGAAAUAGUUCACGAAAUCAUGAAGUAUCAUUCAUGUAUUCAUGAACUGGUUAAUGAUACCUAGUAAAACAGUCACGACUUAUCAUUCGUUUUCGUGAAAAAGUUCACGAAAUCAUAAAAUAUUAUCCACGUAUUCGUGAACUGGAUCAUGAUUCCUAGUACAUGAUUUACGAUCUAUCUAGUAUCUAUUUGCGUGCUUGUGAUAUUUAGAAGAUAUCCCCAAUCAUUUACAAUUUCAUGCAACAUGGUAAUGAAAUUUUUACGUGAACCCUUUCACAAAAUUUGGAGUAUUAUUCGUGGAAUCAUUUUUGUUCCAUGCACUUUUUCAUGAAAUACCCAGCUGCUAGCGACCAGUAAUAGGUACGAGCAGUAGAUACAAAAAAAAACUAUUAGGACCUCGAACAUCUUUAUUCACUUGAUAAGGUUUAUUGUGAUGUCUGGAUAGAAAACGAAAUCUGCACUGAGAACCUCACGUAGUGUGCGUGAUAUAGUUCACAGAACCAGAUAUCGCGGGAGAGUUUAAUUUUAAUGAUCCAGUUCAUAUUGUCACGUUAUUCCGAGUACAAAAACUGUUAGUAACCAAAAAUAAUAGAUCACGAUAAUUAAGAAUUAAUAUAUUGUCUUCGAAUUAAUAAAUUUUCGUACAGACUGAAAUACUAUACUAACUUAAACCUAUUUUCACUUUGAACAUUUCUCUACUUAAGUUAAAGUCAAAAUGAUAAAAAAACGCUAUUGAAGAGCUCACAGCAAACAUCUACCGGGUUAUUCUGGCCGUACUGCGUGCGAUGAGUAGAGCGCCGAAAGAAGUCCAUUCUCCGCAGAGACCUACCAGGAACGUUGAAGUCCAGCUUAGCGAGAAGCAGAGGGCAGUCAAUGUUGUCAGCGAGAAGAUCGAACACAAAAAGUCGCUGCAGAAAAACUCUCCUGUUUUGUAGCGUAGGCAGGUUGAUAAGAGCACAACGAUGCUCAUACGGUGGUAGUUCAAAUCGAUUUCUCCAGGGAAGCCGUCGAAGGGCAUACCGGACGAAGCUCUUUUGCACCCGUUCUAUGCGAUUAAUGUGUACGGUGUGAUACGGGGCCCAAACGAUAACUCCAUACUCUAGAAUGCUGCGUACCAGACUGAUGUACAGUGUCUUCAGGCAGUAGACGUCGUUGAAAUCUUGGGUGUUUCGUUUGAUGAGUCCUAGUACUGCAUAGGCUUUAGCAGUUACUGCAUUGAAGUGUUCGAUGAAACGUCGCUUACGGUCAAGUAUAACACCAGGGUCCUUGAUUGAUGAAACUCGUUUUACUGGGGCAGCGCUCACUGCAUACUCAAACGUAAUUGGCGAGAGUAUUCGUGUGAAUGUGAUUAUGUUGCAUUUCUGAAUGUUUAUAGUCAUUCCGUUUCUAUCACACUAACUCAUGAUCCUAUCUAUGUCCAUCUGAAGUGCACAACAAUCUACCAGAGUUGUUAUGAUGCGAUAAAUUUUCAGAUCAUCUGCGUACAUCGCCUUACACGAUGUCAAUUCGCUGCAAAUGUCAUUCACAAAGAGCACGAAGAGAAGAGGUCCAAGGUGACUCCCUAGAGGUACACCCGAUCUGAUGUCGAAUGGGUCUGAAAGUACAGUUCCAAGUCGCACAGAUGCACUGCGGUUUGUACGAGAAGGUACGGUACGAGAAGAUCCAAUUGGUCAGCCAGUCCGGAAAUCCGAUUCGCCUCAACUUUUCAACAGCUAGCUGAUGAGGAAGACGAUCGAAGGCUUUGGAGAAAUCUACAUACACUGCAUCAAUUUGUUGUCGUUUCUCUAAUUUAUCAAUCAGCGUUGACACAUAGCUCAUUAAGUUCGUCGUUGUUGAGCGCUUUCUAACAAACCCAUGCUGAUCUGUAGUGAUGAUGUGUUUUACUGCAGGGUAGAGAAUAUCUAACAGCAUACUUUCAAAAACUUUUGGGAGGCAGCUCAGGAUUGAAAUUCCUCUGUAAUUUAUGACGUCAUGGACGUUACCGGCUUUAUGAAUUGGUGUUAUUAAAGCCUCCUUCCACUUGGCGGGAAAAAUACUUUCACCGAGAGAGCGAUUGAAAAGCAUGGAUAUCGGUACAGCUAACGAUGAAGAGCAUUCCUUGACGAAACAUGGUUGUAUUCCGUCCGAUCCUGGUCCCUUUGAACAACACCACGUAGAUUGGUGUACACUUCGCGUUCGGUGAAAGAUGUUACAGGCAAAUUCAAGGAGAACGUCGGCAGACUACUCAGGUACGAUUUAGACAAAGGUGGUGGGUUAUUACUUACCACACUUUGAAAGAAAGACGAGAAUAGAUUUGCUGACUCCGCAGGUGUCGUUGAGGUCCUGUCACGGUAGUACACGUUUUCAGGAAAACCACGGGUGGAUGUUUUGUUCCGCAAAUAAGCCCAAAAUUGCUUCGGCUCGUCCUUCAUGUUACUCUCAAGUCGUGAAACGUAUGAUCGAAAGCAAGAUGCAUUCAAUGAUUGAAAUUGUCGCUCUAAAUCUCUCACAAACGAUUUAUCAUCUUCACCUCUUUUCCGGAAAAAUCGUUUACGAGCCUUCCUUAACCGAUUUCGCAGAUUGCGCAGCUCAUCGUUCCACCAGGGGCGUUUAUUUGUGCAACGGCGCUUUCGUCUUCUCAGAGGCACGUGUUGUUGAAAAAUUAAGUCCAAUUCGCGAUAAAACCUAUCCACAGCCUCGUCGAGAGUACCCAGUGAUAAUAUUUCAAUCCAAUUGAUGUUUGAGAUUCUCGCAUUUAGCUCGUCAUAAUCGCAUUGAUUAAAAUCAUACCACACAUCUACAUCGUCAAUCACUGGUGAACCGUAAAGAGUCUCAAUGGUCAAAACAAACGGAUGAUGAUGACGAUCCAAUUUCAUUAGCGGUACGGGUGGUUCUAGGAUUUCAAAAUCACUGGCACUACUUACAAAGGCUAAAUCAAGUAAUCUUCCACUGUCAGGUAGUUUACCUGUUGUAAACCAGAAGCGAUCAUAGUUUCGACUAACAACGGCGAAGAGAAUUUACGAAUACCAUGCUGAUAUGAUGAACAUUAGUUACAUUACUUUUUGAAAGUAAGCUCUAGAAUAAAAUAUCAUAACAUGAACAGAAAUUACGAAAAUCGUGACUAUGAUCCUGAAAUCAUGAACACAUAUCACACAACUGGUGACAAAAAUAUCUAAAAUCGUGACAAAGAUCCUGAAAUCAUGAUCAUGAAUUGCUCUAUUCAUGACUAAAAUAUCACGAUAAAGUGAAUAGAAAUUACGAACAUCGCGACUAAGAUCUUGAAAUCAUGAACUUUGAUCCCGCUAACGUCAUAAGCAUUCACAAGAAUCGCGAAUAAGCUCUUGAAAUCAUGAAGAACGUUUGACGGUCGACUGUAUAUCCCCAAAUCGUGAACAAGAAUCACGACAAAAACAAAACAUGUCCAGGGAACAACAACAGUAACCCAACCAAACAUUCUAAUGUAACGCCAUGUAUAUAUUCGGGACAAACUGGUUUUUAGAAAACACAAAUAGUUUUAUGAAUACGAGGUUUAUUAUUCAUAAUAUCAGGAACUUGGUCACGGUUUUCGUAAAUAGUUCAGUUCACGAAAUCGUGACCUUUUGUUCAUGAAUUUAUGAACGGAUUUUUUCCGUGUAGGAAGAGAUAUGCGAAGACGCCAUCUUGAGCCAGCUUACUGUCAAAAUUUUGAGCCAGUCGAUCAUUAUUUGACUGCAUUGGUGCAAUAUUUUUGGGUAGUAAUGUUAAUUUUUUAUUUUUGACGACAGUCUCUACUGACAGUCUUCCGGGUGUUUUAGCUGCCGGUCUGUGCAAAUUUCUUGUUAAAUUGCGUCACGUGUCACUCAAGCUUGAUGCAGAAAUAUGGAUGUGAUCAUUUCUGGAGAGUUGCUCUUUGAAUUUCUUCUGGAUCAUUUCGUUUCGCUCUUCUACAGUCGUACAUCGAUAUCUAACUUGGUUCGCCGCGGUAAUCUACAAGGUGGAAGUAGUGAUUUUGUAGAAUGAAAUUCAACAAUUGGGUCAUUAAGCUAUAUAUAGUUUUCCGUUCCAUUCGAUAAAUUUUAGGUCCAAUAUACAUAAUAUAACAUUAUUUUUAAAAAAAUCGCUGUAAUACGUAAAAACGAUUUUGUUGUUCUUUAAAAUAAAUCUUAUGUAAACUUGGCAACCAUACAUAGGAAAACUGCGGUUGUUUACAUCUGGCAUAUCAGGACAACACCCAAAAUGAAAAAAACUAUAUGCACCAUCCAUUUUAUGUCAAAUAAAAAUAACCCUCCGGGGAAACCGAGAAAACAUGCCCUGUUUUUUUCUGACAGGGCAUCAUCUGUCGUGAAAUUCGAUAUGUCAAAUCCUUCCUAUAGUGUCAAAUCCAGACUGUCAACAUAUUUCUUUAUUUUAAAUUUUAAUAUUAUUUUCACGUUAUUGUUAUUCCUGAGUUGGAAAAGAACAUUGCUGCAAUCACGAAAAUCAGCUUUAUCGAUGAAAGUAAUAAAAAACGACUUUUUUUUCUCAUUUAAUGACCCAAUUGAAUACUUUACGGUGACGUCACAAAUGAACUGAGUGUUAAUUUUUGACAGUUCGCUUGUACUGUUUACAUGAACUUAGAAAAAUUCUUUACGAUUUGCUUCGAGGGAAUCUAGUCGUCCACAAAUUUUUCUAAGUCCAUGUAAACAGUACAAGCGAACUGUCAAGAAAAGUGAAGUUAACUGUGUCAGUAAAGAACCUUAUAUUGCAGAAAAUAGCUUUAUGAUCCGACCGACCCACUGGAGUGCCUUGCAGGCACUUCAGAAACAAAGCAGAAUUACUCCAAGUUAGAAUAUGAUCGAUCUGACUUCGUUUAACUCCAUUAGACCAAGUCCAUUUAAAACUGGUGUUAAUACUAGUGCUUCUAAUUGCGAGCGAAUGUAAGAUGAUGAAAAGUGGCAUCUGUUUUCCACUGUUAUUGAAAACCUCAUGACCAACACAAUUCCCAAUAAGAAGGGAUUCUUCACGAGUAAGACCGUUAUUAGUUAUCUUGCUGCUAAAAUACCCUGCAAUAAUUAGUCGCUUUUGACAACCUGUGCUACAUUCAGCAAAUGAAUGGAAUUAUAGAUCUAUAUGGCAAUAGAAAUUAAAUUUUAUUAAAUUAAAUCUUUUUCCAAAUAAGAUAUUAAAAUACCUGAUACACUAGCUCAACUGUUGUUACGGCAUUUAAUUGGCAAGGGACUGGAAGGUGAAGUAUAUUUUUCAAUAUUAGGAGCCAUAGUACUCAAGGGAGAGCAAGGAGCUGAAGGAAGAAAGUUUGCGUGGAAAGGGUCAUAUGAGCAAGCUUAGAGUUUACCGGCGACUUAACCCUUUGUUUGCUACCGCAGGAGUCAGGAUCUUUUGGCAUUGGAAAUGCGAAUCACCUGAGUAACUUGUUACUUCACGCUGUGGGAACCGACAAAAAGUUAAGUCACGGUAAACUUCCACACUACGCAUUUGCGACGUUUGAAACUCAUUGAAUGAACUAGGUUUUUUUGUUUUUGUGGUCCCUCGCAAAUUGCCUGCCUGAGUGUUUUAUUUGAUCGACUAUUGUGACUGUAUCAGCAUCUGUCAUAUGGUCACAUGUGUUGCUGGUUCGCACGGUGUCGGCAGCUUUCACCAAAGCUGCGACGUUGGGGCAUCACGGUAAAUUCUUGUUUACCAUUUUUUUUUUGUUAACGACCUAUUGAGUCAAUUUGUCAACUGUUGUUACGGCAUUUAAUUAGCAUUUCUAAUGCCAAAAGAUCCUGACUCCUGCGGUAGCAGACAAAGCGUUAAGUCGCCGGUAAACUGUAAGCUUGCUCAUAUAACCCUUUCCACGCUUUUUUAAACUUCCUUCUUUCAACUCCUUGCUCUCCCUUGAACACUACGACUCUUAAUAUUGAAAAUAUACUUCACCUUCCAGUCCCUUGCUAAUUAGCAUACUAGCUCCACACAUUGAAUAUUUGCACCGCGAUGGUAACGCUUUUUAUUUCUAUGUUGACGCCCUGUCCAAUCACAAUCGCAAGGCCCCGUUUGCUGGUCGAACGAGGACAUCCAAGAUACCACUAAUUGGAUGUAGCCAUUUCAGCAUAAUCCGAGAUAACCUAAAGAACCUCAAUAUGUACGUGUUAACCUGCCAAAAAAUUAUCCAGGCCGACACGUUUCUUCUCUGUUCUGGAACCAUGGUUCAAUAUUAGCUGCAUUUUACCCAGAAGGCGUUCCCUCCUCCAGUUACCAAACAGAAGCGAUGCAAUAUUACACAAUAAACACACUUGAUAUCCAACAGUGAGCUCACUUUAUCCUUUUUUGUGGGAGUGCAGAACAAAAUUAUAAUCGUCUCUAGGCAACAAUAAUAAUUCCGUACUGCAGAAGCAGCAGAAAGUAAUUCAAAUGGCAUUAGUCUUACAAUCUGUUCCCAUCGCUUCUAGCUUAAAAGAUUUUACUGCACCUCACGAAAACGAAAGCACUUUAUAACGGGACUAGAUCCGGAUAAAAACUAGCGAUGGGGAUUGCUUUUGCGGCGACAGACAGUAAAUAAGUAAUCCAUUCCGAACAUAGUGAAGGUACAGAGAACGUAUUCGUCACUGUUGUGCUAUCUUAUGACAAGCGACAUUCAGCACAUUUCGAUAACUCAAUAUAACUUUAGAUAAUUCCAAGACAGAGUGAUUUGAAGCAAAAAAUUCACAAUUUCUCAGCGUGUUUCGUGCUAAAGAAGUAACCAAGCAAAAUUUUAAAGUGCGGGGUUGGGAAUCGAACCCAGGUGAGCUGUGUACAAGGCAAUCGAUUUGCCAAUUACGCUAUGCCCACCCCCAGCGUAGACUUUUAUGGGGAUUAUUUGGUGUCGGAAACUAUCCUUUUCGAACACGAAAAUAGGCAAUCCACUCCUACAGUAAAGUUUAGUUUUACGCCGCGACAGCUGCUGUUAAAUGUGCACACAGAAGACACAUUGAAGCACAUUUCCUGAUGGUGUGAGGAAAUGAAUGAAUCCAGUUCCAUUUCCAACUGCUGGACAAACGAGCAAAGAAACCUAAACAAAGCUUCCGGAACUUGUUUCCUUAUUUCCUGCAUUUGUUCGGUUAGUCCUAGAAGUAUGUAUAUUGCUGGCAUGCUAAAUGAAGCGUGCCGCUAAUUAAAAAGCAACAAUGUUUUGUUCUAUGUGGUAAUGCUCAGAUUUCUGCUUUCGGCAACGCUAAUGCUGUCGGAUAAAUAUAUAUAUUACAGUGAGCAAAAGGCGUUUGGAUUUGAGUUUAAUCAUAAAGCAGGAAAAUUUGACAGGUAGGGGAGACUGGGAAAAGUCGAUAAGGAUUUCGUCUUUUGGCUGUAAGGCAAAUGUAGUUGCUUCUUUCUAAAAUUUAAAUACACUACACUCUAGUUUACACCUUACUGAACAUAUAGUCUCAACCUCAAGAUCAAUUUUUUCAAAGGAAUGAUGAAAAAAAUGUUUCUAUUCAUCUUCGUUAAUUUAUCAAUUCACCACAAGACCAGGAUUCAUAAGUCAUAAUAGUUGACAACAACAUUUUAUGCGUUGCGUUGCGUAAGCAAAGUAUACUUGCCGUUCGUAACCUAGAUAGGGAAGUGCUCACUGUUGCAUGGGUUGGCAAGAACAGCCCACCCACAUGAUCCGGCGAGCACCCCCGAGCAAAUUGCGAUGUCGAUGGCGGAUUCCGUCUGUCCACGGAUAAAGGUCGAAAUGGCAUCGUUGCGAACAACGGAUCCGUUGUUUUCGACUACUUUGGCGAUAUCGUUUCUUCUCCUGCUGCAUGUACGGGAGCCCCACAUCGUGUGGUGUCUGUUUAUAUUUCCCAUGAUGAUAAAUUGGGUCUCAACUUGCUCAAUGUGCUGCUGAAGUUUGAACCGGGUACUACCGGAGAUGGACAGGGAUAUGACGGUGCACUGGACUGGGUAACCAAUCUUGCGGGCGCACCGGUUACUAGUUCGGUAUCCAGAGAUAUCGAUUGGGAUGGCUUAUCGACCUAAAUGGCCAGAUCUUCGCUGGCGAUUAUUGUAAUUUAAUAAGAUAGGCUUACGGCUAGCUGCCCAAAAGGGACGGCCUAUGUGCGGAUCUCCUUUACAUCAGGACCACCAAACGGCCCAAAAUGCAGUGUCAUGCAUAUAUUGCCAAAGGUGCAUAUGAGUUAGGGAGAUGGUAUAGACUUACCCGAUGCAUGACGUGGUUGUCUCCCUGAGUAGCGCCAUUUGCGUCGUCGAUUGUCAUUCAGGAUCAGGCGGAACGUUCGUGCGGACCCCUCCCUUUCGCUUUUCGAACUGCUUUUGCCAACCGCGCUAAUCGAGCAACAGAACUGCGCUUUCGCUGCAUGAAAAAUGUCAAGUACACCUCGUGCAAUUUCACACGGGACCUGAUUGCAUCAGCUGGCCCCUUCUCGUUGACACCACCACGCGGUUUCACUCUGGACACUUUUUUUCACGGAUCGUUUUACGAACACUCUGGCAUAGCCAGGAAAAAAGAGGAGAUUUCCACGAACAUACGGUUGCUUUUUGCUUUCCCCUCUCUUUCAUUGACGUUGUCGAAUCAAUGUUGUCAACUAUUGACUUUUGAGCGCAGUAUGCAUUUGCCUUUCUUCAUGAUUUCUGUAGCUGAGUACCUGCACGUUCCCUUUGAAUACCUCAUAUUGCACCAAAUUUAACUUAAAUAAUUAUUAACGUAACACGGAAUCCCACGAGUAUCGGUGUCCAAACUAUUAUGUCGGAUUUGUCUGAUUUUGGAUGUGCAUUUCCUGCAGCGCCAAGCGGAUGUGUUCUGUCUGAGCAAUGAUCCUUUGCAGAUCUCCCAGGCAUCCUCCGUGUUCCACUCGAUGGCCAGUGUUGUUGGUUUGAUCGUCGAAGCAGUGCAGUGAAGGUACCCGUAACCUCCGACGGCGUUGUUGUGAAUGCCUACGGGAGAUAUUCAAACAGCGGACGGUUCCGAACGGGCCGGCACAGGAAAGUGGGCGCUUGUGUUUCCGCUAGGUAGAAUUUUUUGGAGCGGUAGGGUUUGCGGUGAGAAGACAGAUACUCUCGUCUUGGCAAUGAUUAGUUUGCAACUGAUGUUGGGUGGUGGUCUGUUUCUUGGGUGCAUCCAUGCCAAAGACUUUUCCGGCCGCUGUACCUGUGAGCGAAAAUGCAGAUGGAUUUCUAUUGGGGUUGAGUGUGCUGGUACGUUCCCGGAUGGUGCUCGGGCUUCCUGCACCAGCAGCCGCCGGGGGAGCACCGUUACAAGAUGGAACAUCCCAGUCAGGGCCGGCACGGAGAAGUGGGCAUCUCAGUUGGUUAUGGUCACAGAUGUGUUGAGAUUUAGCGUGAUCAGCAUGGUACCCUUCUUAGACGUGCUACCCUAGAUGUACUAUCUUAUUUUCUUGCUAGUACCACAUGGAACCAAGCUAAGCUCUCGUCGAACUCGUUGCUGUUGGUGUUUGGAUUUGCCCCGGCUAAGAAUUCUUCCUGGUUGCCCGCCAGGUGCGGAAGGAUCGGGAGACUUCAGCCGGUCCUCGCUGUUAUUGAACUGAUUGCUUGCUCUUCUAGUUUCAGGUGUCGUUUUUACGAUUAGGCGGAUGGAUCUCCUGUUCUGGAACCCUGCAAGGUAUGGGGCGCCGGAGCUGGCAUUGAUUCCCGUUGUUUGGGGUUACUGUGUUGGAGGAUUUUCUGGUUUCUGGUCUGUGGUAAAUGUUUGUGAAGCGGUACAAUAAAUGCUAGUUGUGAUAUUAAAGAUACUUCCGUGUGAGGGUUUCAAUUAUUCUGUGUCGACAGCCGCCGGCGGUGCAUCAGACAUGUCCGGAACUUUUCUGAUCAGGGUCGACACAGGUAGGCUUCGUUUAAUAUUGCAGUCGAAUUUUAUGUUGUUUGUUGUCGUCCCAAUAAGGAUUCUGCGAUUCGGAAAUAUCGAGGGACACUUGGGACACGGAUUUUUGUAGUGCUUCGAGAUGUUCCAAGUUCCGACUAAUGAAGGGCUGUUGUUGCAGGAGCUCGAUCGUGUCAUCCUUUGGGUUUUGGUGGUGUUGGUUAGCUCUAUUUAUUCCGUUCGUUACUUCUAACUGUUGUUGUUUGGUAAUUCUGAGUUGGCGGAGAGCCUCACCUAGGUUUUUUAGGCAUGGUAUCUCGUCGUCCCGGUUGUUUCCCUUUAGCGGAUUAAUCUUUCCGCUUUUAGCUUAAUAAUUUCCUCCUUAAGACUGGCGGUAGUAUAGUCCUUCUAGUCUCUUCUCGAAUCCGAGCGGUAUCGAGUCUGUUUGGCAAAGCUGGGUCAUCUGUGGUGUUGUGUGAUCGCCGUUGCAGUUUAUGCACUUCGGGUCGUUGGUGCAUGAAUUGUCUUGGUCUGAUUGGUAGUUCUGACUUCAAUUUAAGCAAGUUUCCUGGUUGGGACACGCUCUAGAACCAUGCCCAUUUUUUCACUGCUGGAGCAUAACAUAGGAGUAGGGAAGUACAGCCAGACACUUGUGCAUACCUGGUCGAGAUAGAUGUAUUCGGGAAGGACUGAACCGUGGAACGAUAUCACCGCAAGGAAGGUAUUGCUUAAAACCCCGUUGAAUUACUUGGUGAUCCUAGGGACCGCUACAACUCCUUGACCUGUCAGCUCCUUUAGGAAUUCGUCAAUAGCCCUAUCUUUGGUGUCGAUGUCGUAUAUCACACCCUGAGUGAUAAUGAGCGUGGGGUGAGAGACCACCUCAACCUUUUGGUCGUCGAUCAACUCGUUCAUACGCAGCGGUGCAUGAUUCGCCGGAUCACGAGCAGCUUGUAGUCAGUCGGGCAUCGGACUUGCCUUCUGACGCUAUGGCUCGCAGUAGCAAAGUCUGUUUAUCGAUUAUGUCACCUGAGUUUAAGUACCUAGGCAACGUCCGACUUAAAAGAGGUUCCCCUGAUGGGGGGGAAGUUCGUUGGGUGGGCGGAAACAUUGGAAAAACCAUGUUGACGGUUCAAAAACUGUUGGUUUGAUAGAGGUGCAUUGGUACUCAGCUCCUUUGGGGCUUGUGCAUUUGGUAUCGGUAGGAAAAAAUCGUUUCAGGUUUUUUCGCUAAAAAAUCGAGUCUUUGCACGGUGUAUUUAUUAGAACAACUUUAUGCAAAAAAUUCAGCAUCUCUGAAACUUCGGAAUGUGAAAGAAUAGACUUUCUCCUUUCAUAUGAAACUAAAAUCAAAAUAAUCCGUCGGGGGGUCCAGAGCAACUUUUUUUUAAGUUUUUUUCGUAACAACAUAGGUUUUACUACUCGAGCUAGUUAAUAUUUCUGUCUCUAGAUGGUGCUUUAGACAUUCAAACAACACUAAAAGUGAGAAUUUGGUACAAAAUUUAAUUGUCUACAAGUUUGUUGACAACUAAAAAUUGAUCUGAAAUCGCCCGGAAAAGUUGUUUAAGAUUUUAACCAAUUUAUAUCUAAGAUAGUUUCACACGAGGCCUAGUGGUUUGGAAAUAUAUUUUCUCGCCAUUAUUUCAUUACCAAAAAAACAAUUUUUUGGUUCAAGUUUUCCGAUAGGUUCGAAGGAACUACCAUUCAUCGGAAGGUAGUGCUUGGUUACAAGGGUUUACUUACAUUUAUGUUUUAGAAGGGACCAUAUGUCGCAAAAUUUAGGUUAUGAACGUCAGCUAUUAUAAUUCCGUUCAAGACGAAAUGUUGAGACACACCGUUUCUAAUUGAACGCAAACCACAGCAGUAACUGUCCAAAUUAGUGGUUAGCGUGAAACGAUUUAUUCAAAUAUUCUCCGCAAAGUAUAUUGUGACAGUUGGAUUUUACGAGCAUUUCCUAUCAAUUAUGCGAGAUAUCGUUAGUAAAUUGAUCCUAGAUUAUGCGAAAUGCAUUACUUUUGAAAACAAAAUAUGAUUUGAGUACAAGAAAAACCUUAUAUACAUACAAGUCCUCGAAUAUAUCUCCCAAAAAUAAUCUUGAUCCAAAAACUCAAAGUUUUUUGUUGACUGUUUGUCACAUUGAGUUAUUUUUGAAAAAGAUAAUCAGCGGUUUUAACCAAGCGUUACGAUGAAAUCCGCGAAAUAUUGCAAUGGUGUUAAAAGUUUCAUUGGGUUUGUUCAAAUAUAAAGAUUGAAGUUCAGGACAAGUGAAUUUUUGUACGAAGAUGCUAACAGAGUAGGAGGUUCAUGCAAGAAUAGUUAUCAGUCAUCCCCGAGAACAAUCGAAAAAAUAAAAAAGAAGGCAUACAUCAUUGAAAAAGCUGUUUCUGCGGGAGGAAUCACUCACCAUCUUGGAAAAGAAUACUAAUAUCAUACUAGUUUGGUCAACACUUAUCUAAGACUUCUCAUCCCAAAAAUAUUAAUAGUGCCCUAUAUCUGGUGGAAUCUAGAAUUAUAAUUUUCAGCUAAAAGAUGAGACUUUCCAAGCUCUCAAAUUCCGCUGAAUGCACUUUUCAACUAAACACAACUAUUUGGCAAAUAAAAAAAUUGCGUGUGAAUUGACUUACAAACCACUAGGGCUUCUGUGAAACUAGACCUAGACUUCGUUAAAAUAAUAAACAACUUUUCCGGAUAAUUUCAAAUCGGUUUUUAAUUGUUAACAAAGUUGUAGAUAAUUAAAUUAUCUAUCAGAUUCUCACUUUUAGUGUUGUUCGAAUGUCUAAAGCACCAUCUAGGGGCAGAAAUAUGAACUAGUUCCAUUGUAAAAUCUAUGUUUUCACGAAAAAAAUAUAAAAAAAAAGUUGCUCUAGACCCCCCGACGGAUUAUUUUGAUGUUUGUUUCAAAUGAAAGGGGAAAGCCCAUUCUAUCAUAUCCUGAAGUUGUUUAAAAAAGACACCGUGUUUGCUCUGACGAAGACACACUGAACUUAUAACUCGCGGAAAUGGGCCGUGGGAAAACCGUGAACUAUAUUGACCGGGUGGCACAAAUCUCCGGUCAACAUGCGCAACGUGCCAUUUGAGCCAAUCUCUUUUGAUUCCUGAAUUCCGAACUUUGGGAGGUAUACCGGAGGCGUGGGCCGAGCGGAACUUUGGGUUUCUAAACGCGGAGCCUGUUUUGAAGACAACCGACGGCUCCGAGUGAACCUGACUACCGCAACUACAUACCCACCCACAAAGUUGAAAUUGAUGGAGUGGUCACCGAUUUGAGUUUGUUUGGCAUUGAUCUACUGAAGUACGGGGUUUGUGUUGCUGUGAUUAACCCUCAAAAAGGCAAGCUAAAACUACGACUUCAAGAAGAAUCGCUCAUAAGACUCAAUUAAAUCAAAAGCUUCUUUUUUAUCGUUUUAUUAGUGAGAUAUUCGAAAGCCUGAACACACUCUAUCAUUUGUAUUUCAAAUUACAAGACCAUUGCAACUAGAGAACUGUAACUAUCCGGGCCUCUCAAACCCCUUGCCAUUUUGAGGGUUAAAGGACCCCUAGCUCCAGUGAGAGAAGAUUUUGGAUGACAAAGGACCGGUGUGGCAAAUACACAGAAAAUCUUCAUGAUAACUCUUGCUGAAAGGCGUGCCUAUUUAGGGGAGAGCCCAAUUGAUCUAUUACCAUGCCCUCAUACCAAAAGUUCUCGGAGAAUCUGAAGCGGUGCUCUAAGCAUUCAUCACGACAAAAUAUUAUGCUGUGUUGGCUAAAGAAGAGUGCAACUCUGACAUCCCCUUGAGGAGAUUUCUGUUACUGCACCUUAAAACUAUAAGCAGAUAGGAAUUCUUGAAAAGGCUAAAGUUUUUCUCUUGAGAGGUCACCAAAUAUAAUAGCUCGAGGAAGCGGUGAUACAAAUCCUCUGAUCUUAGAAGUUCGAUAUCAAACGAGUUUCCAGCGUCUCUAAGAACACCAAAAAUCUCAGUGGCUCAACAUUUCAACAAGGGAUUUGGUGCAGAAUUGGGUGGGCUUAGGUUGGACACCGGCCACUUUGUGUUAUUUCGGAACUCCUCUUGGGACCGAGGGGACUCUAAUUGUUACGAAACGACAUGGGGUUGUCUUCUCGAUUUUUAUAUUUCAAUUGCAGACGUUUUAACUUAAGGUUCAUAAGCCUCUAAUAAUCUCCAAAAAUCGAUUUACCAACUUCGCUAUGCCCGCCUCCUGGCUUUUCGACGAGAAUCGAUUUUACAGAGAAAGCUUGGCUUAUUGUUCUUAAAACUUGGUUUUAUAUUUCUAAUUGGUUGGUGCCCUUAGCUAGGGGCUAAUCCGGCAAACCGCUUGCUACGUGCCUGAAUCUGGGGUACCAUUCAUAUCUUUCUUUAUAAACCUCUUGCUUAUUGAAUGUCUUGUUCUAAAUUAGCAUUAUCAAAGAGAAACUUCGAAGUUUUUCGGCACGUUUGACUCAUGAUAGUUGGAAGCAAUUCAUUGUAUGUUCGAGCCCCAAUCUGGAAAGAUUCUCUGUAUUAGUACACGGUAAAAAAUCUUCACGUUGUUGGAAAGUGAUUUGCAGUUGAUUUCGCACUACUUGCUCAACAUUUCAAUGCGAUGUGUCAAUCUGUUGGAAUGGAUCAUUUAAAAGCGCUACGAAAUCAACAGCAAAUCACUUUCAUUUGAAAUGUGUUGCACAUUGCUUCUAAUAGAUCUUGCAUUUAACUAUAUACGUAUUCCUUACGGUAUAUCCCAUUAUGGAUUACCUGAGAACAAAUAAUUACAUAAUAAAUUAACUACAAGUAAAAUAUACAAUACUCACGUUCUACAUUUCUUUGGAAAUGCAAAUUUUCCAUUUUUGCUCCUAUUUCCGAGCAUACGUUUAGUGUUUUGACACUUGUAAUUAAAGAUGGAACCACUCAAAUUCCAUAGAUUAGUACAGUGGUGCGAAUUCAAUGGAUAUUCAUUUCAAUUUAAAGAUCAUUUCUAUUAAAUAGCUUUCAAAGACCAGGUCAUUCUGAUACGAGUUAUAAAUCCUUAGAAAAUCAAUGCUAAGUCACUUCAAUUGUUAGUGAUACAUGAUAAACUGAAUCAAGUGCAACAUCAUUUGAAUUAGACGUGACAAUUUUUUACCGUGUAGGAUCGUAGCAAUAGCCUGGCCAUUUUCCUGUUUCUCAAAAAACGGUUGUAAAACCUUUCUAUACAGCAAGCGAAUAUCCCACUAAGGUAUAGUGGCAAGGUUGUGUUGUCUAAAGUUCUGGGUACUUGUCUGUUUUUUCUAGUUUUUUUCUCUCAGUUAUAUUUUAUUUAUUUAUUUAUUAAUUAUGGAGUUCAGUUAUAUUGUUUAAUUUCAGCUGUUUUAACCACAGUAAGCCAAUAUGACAUAACAUGUUGUAAAAAAGCAAUAAUCUUUCCAUUUCCCAAUAACCAUAAUAUUACCCAAACUUUGUUCUAGUUCCUAACAAUCAAUCAUUUGGCACAAAAUGCCUGAUUUGAGCAGAGGAUUUUAAAUACACAAAAAGUCAUAUAAAAAAGAUUAUAUUAGUAAGAGUUUUGGAACCAUAUUUUAGAGAAAUAUUUUCAAGCUCAACACAGGCGUCCUAGAAACUAAAUCCCCGAUACUGUUUCACAAUCACUUAUCCAGUCGAAAUAAAACGAGUUUGCCCUUAUACUUUGGCUGGACCAAAGCAAGGAAACACUUGGUGCGUUAUUUUUUUUUCGUUCUCCUUCGCGAGCAAGCAAAUCCUUUUGCAAAAGCUGAACCUUACAAGAUUGAUAAAAUACAUUUAAGCCAAUAAAUAUUAAUGUGAUUAGCAGACAAUCUCUUUGGUAAAAAGUAAAACUGAAUAAACGAGAUAAAUGUGACCGCGUAAUAUAGUGUUUGUAACAAUGAGAAACUAAACAAUAUAAAACCUAGACUAGCAAACCGAACGAAAUGUUUACUAAGCAGUAUGUUCUGCAUCAAAGAGUUUCAAACCAACGUUGAAUAAACGACUAUCACCUGUUAAAAAAAACUUUCUACUCAAGUUUAGCAAUACCAGCAAAAACAUCUUUUGAAUGUUCUCGUUUUAUCCUGGAGGCAACUUCAAAAGAUUAACAGCGUUCAUAUCUUUCCAAGUCUAUAGAAUAAAGUUCAGAAAUAUUGGAACUCUGCGGCCACUAAAUGGUAAUGCUGAGAUAUCAGAAAUAUCAGAAAUAAAAUCCCUUCUUCUAGAGUAACUGUUGAAAUGUUAGUGCUGUAAGAUGUUAACGUUUAUACAUGAUUUCCAGUUGAAAAUCAAAACUGAAAAAAACUACUUUUAGAACAAGUGAUGUUAGUGAUAUCAGGCAGUCGUCUUGUAAAAGUCAUCAAAAUUUUUAUCAAAAUCAUAUUCACCAUAAAUCGAUGGGAGCGACUCAUUCCCAGAUCAGCAUUCGUACCGUCGCGAACGAUUGUUGUUCGUCGACAGGUCGGAUCCGAUUCGCUAUAGGUCGCUCCCCUCGCAAGAAAUUGCAAAUGUCAAUCAGUCCGUGUACCGUCAGCUGUUUGUCGAUCAAAUCGAUGUGAUUCUCAAUACACUCUCAGUAAAUGUCAAACCAAACCAGCAAAUAAUACCAAAAUGAAAUGUUCAAACAAAUCAUUCAACGUUCAUAGUCUUCAAACAGAACUAAGCAAGCGAACAUCUAUCAAACUCAAGUACCUUUCCACGUUUCAACAAUGUAGCGCCAAAAAGUAGGAAAACAAAAAUUUUAGAAACCGAUUUCAACAUUCACCACCGCAUUUGUGUAGAGUAGUGAAUCCGCCUUCACGGGGACAGCCGGCUGUCAACUUGUUGCUAUCAGCUCUUUUGACAAUCCAAACCACGAUAGAACAGCAAAAAAUAAAACAUAAUCCGUAGCACAUCCCAAUAAUAGAUUGUGUUGUACGAACAGGUGAUUUCGAGCUAGGAAAACAUUUAUACUUUCGUCUACCGUUCAGUUAUAACUAUGAAAUGACAAAAAAUGAUGCGAAACUGUAAGGAAAACUCCAAUUUAAGCAAAUCGAAAUCAUAGCAGAAGACAAAUAAAGUCGUGUAAAGAGAAGCAAAACAUUUAUAGACAAAGAAAGGAAGUUGAAUCUUUUGCAGACUGAUGCAGAUUUACGCUAUAGAGAAAACGCGGAUGAAUUAGGUAAACAAACAAACAAAAAAUACGGACUCACUCCCGCAAUUAUUUUCAUAUUUUGUUGACUUAAUGCUAACAUGGAAUAUGAACCAUCUCUCUGUACAAAUUCGCGUCCUUAAUGUAAGCUGUUUCCAUGGAAAAUAUCAAAACAAACACACAAGCAUAGCUAUAGAAAAACUUGUUGUCGGAGGUCAGAUUCUAAACCAAACAGAAACAAACAUCAGCAUAGAAUAAACUUUUUUCUCAAAACUUAAUAUAAACUCUUGUUGCUCCGCACAGCGACGCACUUUUGUACGAAAGUGAAAUGUAAUUUAGAGACUACAUAAUGUUGAUAUCUCGAAAGGAUGUAACUGAUACAUAGAACAGAAGCAAAGAAGCAUAUUUUUCUAUUACUUUAGCAAAGAAACUAGUACUACUAUAAAUAGCGUUACAUGGCACCGCUGACAGAAAACAAAACUUACCAGCUAUUUCCGACUCGUCCCUCUUAGCUAUGGUAAAAAAUGUGCACAAUAGGCUCCGAAAUUGGGGGUCCAAGAACUUGCGUGGAAUGAUAGCAAUCAAUGGUGUGAACGAACGUCUUCUAGGUAUGCGGAAUCUAUCGAAAUUAAAGCUCUAUUGUAGCUAUCGGGGCUUACGGCUGUACGCUCCGACGACUCGAUCAAUGUAACAAGACGUGACAAAAUAAAGGAUGUUUCAAAUAUUUUCACUUUUCAAGAGGAAA